ACGGAGCUCAUGCGUUGGUGGUUAUGCUCCAGGGAACCCUCUGGGAGAGCCCCAUGAGGACAGAAGAGUGAUGGAGAGUAUGCCCAGCUGCCUGAAGGACAUCCCGGCUUGGCAGAAGACAGUCUCUGAGAACGGCAUCGUGGGACAGGAGCUGGGUGGCCUGCCGCAGGAUGGCCGACGCCGUGGGGCGCUGUGCCUGGAACAGCCUGCUCCCUUCUGGAGGGGAGUCCUAAGCACCCCAGACUCUUGGCUUCCACCUGGCUUCCCGCAGGGUCCCAAGGAUGCGCUCCCACUGGUGGAGGGCGAGGGCCCUGGAAAUUUGGAGUGGAAGACCAGCUGGUUGGGGAGCAAGGAGGGGCUGCGUUGGAAGGAAGCAAUGCUGGCCCACCCACUGGCCUUCUGUGCGCCAGCAUGCCCGCCUCGCUAUGGCCCGCUGAUUCCUGAGCAUGGCAGGGGCCAUCCCAAGAGUGACCCUGUGGCUUUAAGACCCGUGCACUGCCCCUUCCUUCUGGAGACCAAGAUCCUGGAGCGGGCUCCCUUCUGGGUACCCACCUGCUUGCCACCUUACCUAGUGUCCGGUCUACCCCAGGGACGUCCUGGUGAUUGGCCCCUGGCCCCGUACCCUUGGGUGUACUCAGCGGGCCAGCCCAAAGUGCCCUCUGCCUUCAGCCUGGGCAGCAAGGGCUUUUACCACAAGGAUCCAAGCAUUCUCCGGCUGGCCAAGGAGCCAGUGGCAUCUGUGGAAGCUGGGCUGUUGGGCUUAGCCCCUGGUGGGCACCUCCAGAGAGCAGGGGAGGUAGAACGGCCUGCACUCCUCCCAAGAGAUGGAGAGACAGGAGCCAGCAGGCAUCCCAAUCUCUGCCCGCUUUUCCUGGGGCCUGCAGACACUGCACCCCGGAGCCCCUGGCCCACUUGUCCCCCAGGUCUGGUUCACACUCUUGGAAACGUCUGGGCUGUGCCAGGGAGUGGGAACCUUGGGUACCAGCUGGAACCAAUAGCCGCAUCAAGGUGCCCCUCUCCUGGGCCUCCCACCAUCAAGGUUGGCAUUCGUUCUUCUUACCCACCCGAGAGGGAUGGGGGACUUGGCCCUUGUGGGCAGUGCCAGGAGGGCCUAGAGCAGGAUACCAGUGGGGCAAGCGAGUCCAGUGAGGAAAUGAACAAGGCCCCUGGUCCCAGGGCCUGCCUGCCCAGCCAUCACACCAAACUAAAAAAGACAUGGCUCACACGACACUCUGAGCAGUUUGCGUGCCCAGGUGGCUGUCCUGGGGAUGAGGAGAGCCCAGCUGGCCAACUCCGGCCCCUCAAGAGGGCAGGUAGCCCCGAGGUUCAGGGAGCAGUGGGCAGCCCUGCCCCCAAGCGUCCACCUGAUCCUUUCCCAGGCAGCAUGGGGCAGGGGGCCAAAGGUUGGCAGGACAUGCUGAACUCGUCAAAAGGGAACAAGGCCGAGGCAGAACAGCGUGAUGACCAGAGAGGACCCCGAGAUGGCUCGGCCAGCCAACAGGACGAGGGGCUUCGAGACACACUUUGCCCAGCUCUCCCCCAAGGUGGCUCUCAGUGCCACAGCUGCACUCCGGCAGCUGGCGAGGGGGGAGGGCUGGCCUGCCACUCCCAACACACUCUGAGACUGCCUCUUCGAGGGCAGCAUCAACUGGAAGAAGAUUCAAGAGCCAGCUCUGAGGAGGGAGGAGCGUUCGACCCCGAGGCCCAGCUCAGCAUCAGCUUGGCCAAGCACCUGCUCCGCGGUCUGGGGGACCGACUAUGCCGCCUGCUGCGGAGGGAGCGGGAGGCCCUGGCCUGGGCACAGAGGGAAGGCCAGCGGCCAACCGGAACAGAUGCUGACCCAGGUGGGGUGCGGAGCUGCAGCCGGUGCCACCAUGGAGUCUUCAACACCCACUGGCGAUGCCCUCGCUGCAGCCAUCGGCUGUGUGUCGCCUGCGGUCGCAUGAUGGGCGCUGGGAGGACCAGGGAGAAAGCGGGCUCUCAGGAGUCGUCCACUGAGGAGUGUGCCCAGGAGGCUGGGCACAGAGCCUGCUCCCUGAUGCUGACCCAGUUUGUCUCGAGCCAAGCUUUGGCAGAACUGAGCACAGCGAUGCACCAGGUGUGGGUCAAGUUUGACAUCCGGGGGCACUGCCCCUGCCAAGCGGAUGCCCGGGUGUGGGCCUCUGGAGAUGGGGGCCAGCAGAAGGAGCCACCAGAGAAAACACCCCCGGCUCCACAACCUGCCUGCAACGGGGAUACCAACAGGACCAAGGACAUCAAAGAAGAGAUCCCAGACUCCACUGAAAGCCCGGCAGAGGACCGCACCGGCCGAGGCCCCCUGCCUUGUCCUUCUCUCUGCGAACUACUCGCCUCCACUGCUGUCAAACUCUGCUUGGGACAUGAGCGGAUACACAUGGCUUUUGCCCCCGUCACUCCGGCCCUGUCCAGCGAUGACCGAAUCACCAACAUCCUAGACAGCAUCAUUGCACAGGUGGUAGAGCGGAAGAUCCAGGAGAAGGCCUUGGGGCCGGGCCUGCGGGCUAAGGGCCUGGGCCUGCCCCUCUCACCGGUGAGGCCCAGGCUGCCACCCCCCGGGGCUUUGCUGUGGCUUCAGGAGCCCAGGCCUCCUCGUGGCUUCCGCAUCUUCCAAGAGCACUGGAGGCAGGGUCAGCCUGUGCUGGUGUCUGGGAUCCAAAGGACACUGCGGGGCCACCUUUGGGGGAUGGAAGCUCUUGAGGCGCUCGGAGGACAGGUGCAGGCGCUGACACCCCUUGGGCCUCCCCAGCCCACAAGUGUGGGCAGCGCCGCCUUCUGGCAGGGCUUCUCCAGGCCUGAGAUCCGCCCGAAGUCCGAGGAGGGCUCUCUCCUUCUGCUGCACCGAACUCUAGGAGCGGAGGACAGUGGCAGGGUGGAGAACCUGGCUGCCAGCCUACCGCUCCCCGAGUACUGUGCGCACCAUGGGAAACUCAACCUGGCUUCCUACCUCCCGCCGGGCCCUGCCCUGCAGCCGCUACAGCCCCGGCUCUGGGCAGCCUAUGGUGUGAGCCCACACCGUGGACACCUGGGGACCAAGAACCUGUCUGUGGAGGUGACUGACCUGGUCAGUCUCCUGGUACAUGCAGAAGCCCCACUGCCGGCUUGGCACCGGGUACAGAAAGACCUCCUCUCCGGCCUGGACGGGGAAGGACUCUGGUCCCCGGGCAGCCAGGUCAGCGCCGUGUGGCACGUGUUCAGAGCACAGGACGCUCAGCGCAUCCGCCGCUUUCUGCAGAUGGUGUGUCCUGCUGGGGCAGGCACCCUGGAGCCUGGGGUCCCGGGCAGCUGCUACCUCGACGCAGGGCUACGGCGGCGCCUGAGGGAGGAGUGGGGCGUGAGCUGCUGGACUCUACUGCAGGCCCCUGGGGAGGCUGUGCUGGUGCCUGCAGGGGCACCCCACCAGGUGCAAGGCUUGGCCAGUACGGUCAGUGUCACUCAGCACUUCCUAUCCCCUGAGACAUCGGCCCUCUCUGCUCAGCUCUGCCACCAGGGACCCAGCCUGCCCGCUGACCGCCGCCUGCUUUGUACACAGAUGGACUGGGCUGUGUUCCAAGCAGUGAAGGUGGCCGUAGGAACAUUGCAAGAGGCUAAAUAGGGGGGCCCCCCAGGCAAGGGCGGGGAACCAACUGGUAUACCAGGUGCUCAGCCAGGCACAGCUUCAGCAAGGAGGGGUGCUUGGGAAUUUGGGGGCUUUGGGCCAAUCCCACAAGCACCACUCUGGGGCACAUCCCACAAGCACCACUCUGGGGCACAAAUAGGACACCCCUUCCUGAGCACUAAAGCCAACAACUGUAGUGCCACCAAAGCUCCCACCUGUCCUUCCUGAGGCUGGAACCUGCUUAGCCCCCAUCCUCCACGGGCCCGGGCCCCCACCUUAACCCUCGAGGGACCUUGGGGAUCAUUCUGGCUUUAGCAAACCUCUUUCUUCUGCGUCACCUCCUGCUCCCACCUGUGCCCUGAGCGCUGUGUCCCCACGUUUGUCCCCACUGGGUUCCCGGGCAGCCUUCUGCCCUGCUGCCAUUGCUGGAUGAGGGGCCCUUGAAUCUGCCCUCUCACCAAAGAGCUGAGAAGCUGGCGGGGGCGGAGGGUCAGGGGCUGCCCAGGCUUGGUUGGAGGGAGUAAUUUGGGCGUGCCGCCCCCCACCCCCAAGAUUUCCAUUAAAGUCUGCUGGUUUGUGACGGCUGCCAGGCCGACUGCUGAUGCAGGUCACGGGGUCAGGGAGGGGGCUGGGCAUGGGAAUCUUCUCUGGAAGAGGGGCAUAUGGGACUGGGCUGGGACCUGAGUACCGGGCCCCCAACGCCUCUAUCUCCUGGUUUUUUCCCGGGGGAGUCUGUAGCGAUUGAGCCUGCUGUGGGGCUGCGCCCCACCAAAGAUGGCUGGUGACAGCCCCAACCACCUGGAGGCAGAACCUAGGUGGGGUGGGGUGGGGGUGGGCUCUCCAGCACUGCCUCCCUGUGUAGCCUUGGCUUUCGGAGAUCCUGGAGUCCCAAGCCCCGCUAUGAACCUCAGGCCGGCCACCUCUCCAGUCUGACCCAACCUGGACAUCCGUAUGUGUGGCCGAGGGAAACCAACCCAGGGUGCCUCAGACAGCUGACUGCCUCCCCUGCACCCCCUCCCACCGCCGCCCCCUUCCCUUGUCCAUCUCUGCCCCAGACACGCGUCAUCUGUUGUCAUACCUAAUUGUUUCUGCUGUGGUUCGGGGAUUUUUUUUUAAUUAAAUAAAAUUUUUUUAAAAUUUUA